AUGCAUUUCACUGCAGUGACCUAUGAUGAUGUGCAUAUCAACUUCACUAAGGAAGAGUGGGAUUUGCUGAAUCCUUUCCAGAAGAAUCUCUACAAAGAUGUGAUGCUGGAGACCUACAGGAACCUAACUACUGUAGGAUACAUUUGGGAAGACCUUAACACCGAAGAACAUUGUCAAUGUUCUAGGAGACAUGCAAGAAUACAAACUGGAGAAAAAGUCUAUGAAUGUAAUCAGUGUGGUAAGGCCUUUGCUCAUCACACUCAUCUUCAAUUGCAUAUAAGAACACACACUGGAGAGAAACCCUAUGAAUGUAAUCAGUGUGGUAAAUACUUUGCACGUCAGGAUCAUCUUCAAAGACAUAAAAGAACACACACUGGAGAGAAACCCUAUGAAUGUAAUCAGUGUGGCAAGGCCUUUGCUCAAAACUCUGUUCUACAAAAUCAUAAGAGAACACACACUGGAGAGAAACCCUAUGAAUGUAAUCAGUGUGGUAAAUACUUUGCACGUCAGGAUCAUCUUCAAAGACAUAACAGAACACAUACUGGAGAGAAACCCUAUGAAUGUAAUCAGUGUGGUAAGACCUUUGCUGCUCAGAGUAGUCUUCAAAAGCAUAAAAGAACACAUACUGGAGAGAAACCCUAUGCAUGUAAUAACUGUGGUAAGGCCUUUUCCCAAUACACUCAUCUUCAAGUACAUAACAGAACACAUACUGGAGAGAAACCCUAUGCAUGUAAUCAGUGUGGUAAAGCCUUUGCACGUCUCAGUCAUCUUCAAGUGCAUAAAAGAAUACAUACUGGAGAGAAACCCUAUGAAUGUCAUCAGUGUGGUAAGGCCUUUGCCCAGCACAGUUAUCUUCAAUUGCAUAAAAGAACUCAUACUGGAGAGAAACCCCAUGAAUGUCAUCAGUGUGGUAAGGCCUUUGCCCAGCACAGUUAUCUUCAAUUGCAUAAAAGACCUCAUACUGGAGAGAAACGCUAUGAAUGUAAUCAGUGUGGUAAGGCCUUUACCAAGCACAGUCCUCUUCAAGUACAUAAAAGAACACAUACUGGAGAGAAACCCUAUGUAUGUAAUCACUGUGGUAAGGCCUUUUCCCAAUACACUCAUCUUCAAGUACAUAACAGAACACAUACUGGAGAGAAACCCUAUGCAUGA